GUGUUCGGGAUCUCUCCGUGGCUUGCAUUCGCAUGACGGGAGAAAAGCAGACAACGGCGCGAACGGAUUGACCCUACCCUCGCUCCCAGGAGCAUAGGUGACGGUGCAGACGUGCACGGGAGCUCUGCUGUAGAGGUUACAUUGCGCAAAAUGGACGUCGAGCGCAAGCGCUGCCUUGCCGCGAUGGCUGUUGCUCUCGAAAUUGCAGCAGACGACGAAGAGGAGGGCGGUUUUCUUCAGUGCAAGCGAUUGGUCUGGGUUAAGCCGUGUCUCACCAGAAAAUCUCUCGGGAUGCAAAACCAGCUUUACGAAGAACUACUCGCCAGCAAUCCCGAACAGUACAAGCGCUUGCUGCACCUCAGCAUCGAGCGAUUUCACCAUCUGUUGGCCCUGAUCGAGCCAAGAAUCGUGCGGCAAGACACCGUGGUGCAUUCGUCGGUGCCAGCCAAGACGCACCGUCAAGUUACACUUCGGUUUCUAGCAUCAGGAGAGUCCCAGUUUUCUCUGAGCCACCAGUUUAGACUUGGACAUUAAACAGUGAACAGCAUUAUCCUGGAGACAUGCACUGCAAUUUAUAAAGAACCCAAAACGAAUUUCUCAAAACUCCCAAAGCAGAAGUUGAGUGGCAGCCGAUAAUUGAAGGUUUCAGUGAAAAGUGGCAAUUUCCAAAUUGUUGCGGCGCCAUUGACGGCAAUCGUGUGUAUCA